AUGGACGACGUUGCCGGCGUGUCCAACUCGUUUUGGACGGAUGGACCGACGCGGGCGUGGAAUGAGGCCCUUGCUACUGGACUCGUCGUGGAGCUGGGACGUGUCGAGUCGGGCUGCGGCAACUCUACUCCAACGUGGGUGCGGCGGUCGCAGCACCUCUCACAGCCCGGCGAUGGAAUGUACGGCAUGGCGUUCGGCAUGUACACGGGCCAUCUCCAAGGGCUGGUCGACUCGUUGGCCGAAUUAGCCGCAUAA